AAACUGGAAAAGCUAAUUUGCUGUUGAGUCGCUAAAGCCUCGUCUUUCUUUCCUUUCCCUUUCCACGAAAACGUAAUGGAAUAGGAAAAUGACGCACAUAAGAUCUCGAAGCCGACACAAUGCCAUGUCUGAAAACAUCGAAAGCCCAAAACGGUAAGUCCCUCGUUCAAGUGUACGUGAGUGUGUAUUCUUCGCUUCUCUCGUCUCUCUUCCUCAUAUCGGUGGAUUCGUUACCUUUUUGCUUUAUCUAGAUAUUAAUAAAGGUUUCACCUGAUUGAUGGGAUUCUCCUUCUCCUCAAUCCGUUAUGGCUACUUGAGAAUCACAUUCCUCCUCCUCCUCUCUUAUAUCCUCUUCAGCGUCAUCGCAACCCCUGUUGAUUCCAGCGUCCUCAAACCCAAAACAGAGCAUGAUGGCUGCAGCGCCCUGAAGCACUUUCACGACUACCAAUCAAAGUGCGCGUACCUGCAAACCAUCGACCCUUGCGCGAGCCAAGGCUUCGUCGAUUACCUCUCCUUACUCUAUUGCAACUUCGAAAAGUUUCCACUUUUGGGCCAAUCCCUCCUCUUCCUCUGGCUCCUCGCUCUGUUCUACGUCUUGGGCCACACUGCCUCCGAGUAUUUCUGCUCAUCUCUUGAGUCUCUCUCGAAGCUUCUCAACCUAUCCCCAACCGUCGCCGGCGUGACGCUUCUCUCGCUCGGCAACGGGGCUCCUGAUCUGUUCGCGAGUUUGGUCUCUUUCAUGGGGGAAGACUCGAAGGGCACUUACGACGUUGGUCUCAACACUGUUGUUGGAGGCUCUUCUUUCGUCACGUGCGUUGUGGUUGGGAUUAUAAGCAUCUCGUUGCGUAGUAGAGGGGUUAGAAUCGAGAGGUCUGCCUUUAUUAGAGACGUUUGCUUCUUCUGUGCGGCGAUUGGCUCCUUGGGUUUGAUUUUGGUUUAUGGGAAAAUCAACUUCUGGGGCGCUCUUGGGUUCUGUUCGUUGUACGCUGUUUAUGUCGCGUUUGUGUAUCUUUCUUGGAGGUUUGGUGGUGAAGGUGGUGAAUUUGAUCUUGAGUCGGUUCAUAAGCGUGUGAGUCUUAGUGAACCAAUCUUGCAAAGAGAGGAUGUUGAUGAAGAGCAUCGUAGUAAUGUCGCUGAUGAUGAUCAUCAGCGACAUUACUACUGGAAGUUGGUGGUUUGGGUUAUGACUUUACCUAUCUACCUACCAAGGAGAUUGACUAUUCCUGUUGUUAGUGAAGCCAAAUGGUCUAAACCAUUAGCUGUUACCUCGGUCACACUUGCUCCGGUUCUGUUAUCGUUUCUCUGGAACUGGAAGUGUAGUCCGACCAGUUUUGAGGCGGUUAUUGUUUACCUAACCGGGUGUUUAGUCGGUAUAGUUCUCGGUCUCACUGCAUUAGCCACGACGAAGAUGUCAAACCCGCCAAAGAAAUGGUUAUUACCUUGGUUAGCAGGAGGAUUUGUUAUGAGCAUGACAUGGAGUUACAUCUCAGCGCAAGAGCUAGUCGCGCUUCUAACUUCACUAGGUUAUAUUUUCGGGGUAAGCCCGUCGAUCUUAGGCCUCACGGUCCUCGCGUGGGGGAACUCUAUAGGAGAUCUUAUAACAAACGUGACGAUGGCGCUGCACGAUGGUGACGAAGGAGCUCAAGUGGCUGUAUCGGGUUGUUACGCGGGCCCAAUCUUUAAUACGUUGUUUGCUCUUGGGAUAUCGCUUGUGGGAUGCGCGUGGGAGGUUUAUCCGUUGAGUAUUGUGAUAAAGACGGAUCCUCGUUUGCUGGAGAGUCUUGGGUUUCUGGUGGUAGGACUGGUUUGGUCGUUCUUGGUUCUGUUUAGUAACCGGAUGAGGCUUGGUGGUGUGAUGGGGGUAGGGCUUUUGGUUAUCUACUUGGCUUCAUUGUCUAUAAGGAUUGUACAAACAGUUGGAGAUUCUUACUAACAUUUGAUUUUCAACUCACAGUUUCAUACGUAUAAUAUAACCAUGGAUUUGUACAAUGCAGUAUGGAUAGCUUAUUAUGUAUAGCUCGGGUAUGGGAUAUACAUUGUAUGUAUAUAAAUAGAGUUAUGGAAUUCAAAUUGAGUAGCUAGAAUUUUAA